AUGGGAAUCGGCAGGUUCUAUCGCUGGCUUAGUGAGCGCUUUCCGCUCAUCAACGAGAAAAUCACGCAGGCCUCGCUGCCGGAGUUCGAUAAUCUUUACCUCGACAUGAACGGCAUCCUUCACACGUGCUCACACGGAAACUCAGGCGGCAUGCUACACGCCAGUGAAGAAGCGAUGUGGCUGCAAGUCUUCGCGGAACUCGAUAUGAUCAUCGCCACCAUCAAUCCGAAAAGGCUUCUCGUCUUGGCCGCUGACGGCGUCGCGCCUCGCGCGAAAAUGAAUCAACAGCGCGCGCGGCGCUACAGAGCCGCGAAGGACGCCGCGGAGUUGGCGAAGCAGAAGGAGGAGUAUCGCCUGCGGAAGAUGCAGAGCGGCGGCGCGAAGCUGCCGAAGCCGCCAGGCGCUGCCGGUGGGCACUUUGACUCGAACUGCAUCUCCCCGGGCACGGAGUUCAUGGCCAAGUUCUUCCAGCAUUUGCGCUUCUUCUGCGAAAAGAAGCUCAACGAAGACCCCAGGUGGAAACAUCUCAAAGUCGUCCUGUCAGGUCCCGACGUCCCAGGCGAGGGCGAGCACAAGAUUAUGCAGUUCAUUCGCUGUUCAAAGUCCGAUCCAAAGACCGGCAGGAACGUGCGCCACUGUCUCUACGGGCUGGACGCCGACCUGAUCAUGCUUUCGCUCGCUUCGCACGAGCCUCACUUUUGUCUGCUUCGCGAAGAGGUUGUCUUCGGCAAGGCUGUCUCAAAAGGCGCGCAAGAUCGACUCCUUACGAAACGCGAGAACCUGCAGCUGUUGCACAUCUCGCUGCUGCGGGAGUACCUCUUCUUGGAGUUCGCGUCGGCGGCCGGCGUGAAGGCUGCAGACGCGGAAGCGACGGCGCGCUCAGCGGAGGCUGAGGCUGAGGCGGCUGCGGGGGGGGCGCUGAACACGCGACCUUCGCUUCUGUAUCCGCGCGAGAGAGAGCGCAUCAUCGACGACUACGUCCUGUUCUGCUUCAUGGUCGGUAACGACUUCCUGCCGCACCCCAAGGCCACAGAUAUCGCGGAUGGCGGACUCGAUCUCCUCAUGAACUGCUACCGCCAGUAUCUCCAGAACUACUCCGUGCUGGCUGAACAGGCGCCGUGUGCGAGCGGCCCAUGGCUCGCGGGCGAUUGCGGCAAGAUCGAUUUUUGCAACUUUUUUCUUUUCCUCUCGCUCUUCGUCGACUCGGUGGAGACCGACCUCCUCCAGGAGUGGGCGGCGGACUGUCAGUGGGCUAGGGGCAAGAGACGCCACCAGCGCGAGCUCGACGCGACCCGGCCGCCGACCUCGGGCGAUCCGCUGCUGGACUACAGAGAGUCGUUUUACUUGAAGAAGAUGGGAAUGGACGGGCGCACUGAGGAAGGUUGCCAGCAAAUCGACCGUCUCGCCGUCAAGUACCUUGAAGGGCUUCAGUGGGUGCUCUACUAUUACUACCGAGGCCCGCAGUUCAGCGGCUGGGACUGGUUUUAUCCGUACCACUACGCGCCGUUCAUGACCGACGUCCUCUACUGCUCCUUCUUCACCGAUGGAGUUCGUGAGCUCGCGGAUCUUCGCAAGAAAUCCAUUCGCUUCCCCGCCAGCAAGCCCUACUCCCCGUUCAUGCAGCUCCUCUCCAUUCUCCCCCCAAAGAGCGCCGCGCUGCUUCCUAAAGCUCUGCAGCCUCUUCUGCUUUUCCCGUCUCCGGAGCUCACGCCGUACUUUCCGACGGAUUUCGAAGUUGACAUGGAAGGGUGUACCGUUUCUUGGGGCGGCGUCACGCUUCUUCCGUUCAUCGAGGAGAAGCUGCUUCACAAGGAGGCGCUGCCUCUCUUCUCCAAGCUGUCAGGCAAGGAGCUGCGGAGGAAUACUCGGGGGAAGAACGUGCUGCUGUAUCGAGAUCCUCACCUCCGCUCGCGCGUUUUGCGCUCUCUCGCGCUGGCGGCGAAGUCCGCGAACCGCAAGGACUCAGCGGCGGCGUCUCCCGGCGCAGCUCCAAGUCUCGCGGGGGGCUGGCUCCCGUCGCUCACUUUGCAGCGCCUGCCAGGCGAGGAAGAAGAUCCGAUUCUCCAGUCUGCGUUCUUCUUCUUCCGCGACCGCGGAGCCGCGGCGCCCGCGAACGGCGAGAGAGCGGCCUCCCUCGCGCGGCUCACGCAGCAGGCCCUCGCGCUGCCGGGUUCCUCGGCGCAUGCAGGCCAACACGGUGCGCGCCGCUUCGCGGCUGUCUCUUCGCUGCCGUCCGUUUUCCCCAGUCUGAAGUACUCCUACGUGCGCGAGGAAGUGAUUGAGGUCGCGCCGCCCCCUCUCGUGCAGCGGAGAUACGCGUGCGAGUGUGAGCAGCUCGCCAACGGCAGCGCAGAGAGCCGGGCGCCCACCAGCGUAGUGGGAGAGAGCGAUAUCGAUGCGUGCCUUGGAGACAAGCUCGCCUCGGGCGACUACGCGUUUCCGAACUUCGUCCUCGAGGGAACCAAACCCCUUCUCGCCGAGUUUCCUUCGCUCCACCGCGUCGCGCUCGAGUGGGAGUACUUUGUUGGAGUCAAGGUCUUCAACAACGAGUCGAAAAAGACGUCUGUGGCGCUGCGAGUCGUUCCUCCGUACGCGGCGCCCUCGUCGACGUGUCUCCCCGCCUCAGACGGCGUGGAGCCUUUCGAUCCUGCGAAGCAUUUGCUGCCGUUCCUGCAAGCGCCGCUGGUCUACCACGACUUCCCCUUUCUGCGCCUGGCGAAACCCGUCGCGGUGUGGCUGCCCACGCUGUACUACUCAGUGGACUCGGGCGAGCGCGAGCUCUCGCUGUCUUCUUUCUCGCCUGAGAACGUGUUUUCGGGUCGAGUACGCGCCGCAGCGGAGGACGCGACGCGGCCGUUGGAGCAGCAGGAAGCGGUGGCUGCGGAGGUGCGGCGGAUGAAGUUCAUCGGCCUGGGGUCGCCUGCGACUGUCGCGUACGCGCGGCUGCCUUCCGUCGCGGAUCCGAAGCGCGCCGGAGCGGCGCCUUCUUCGCUCGCGCGCUUUGCGCUCUCCAAGCCUGAGGACUUCUUCCGCCUCGCUGAACUCAUCACGUUCGCGCUGCCUGGUGCACGGGCGGCUGUGGCGCGGCGCGCGCCUCACCCUGCUUGUCUGCCGUCGUCGAUUCUCCUCGAGCUGCUGCCUGUGCGCGCGGUUGAGGUAUUCGAGGACGCCUGUGCGCCCGCCGUCACCUACGAAGAGAAAGCCGUCUUCAGACUCCUGCCUCUCGUCGGCUUGCCGUUGCCGCUCCCCAGGCGGCUGCGCCAUCCACUGAUGGAGGAGGAUGCGGAGGGCGCGGGCGCCGACCGCGGGGGCGCGAGUCUGCAGGAUGCCGUCGAGGCGGAGAAGCGGCAAGGCGCGAGUGGAGCGUGGAGCGAGGGCACAGAAGUUUUCGUGCUCAGUCCUCGCUCACGCAUGCUGGCCUGCGCCGGCGAAAUCAUCGCCUGCACACCGACAGACGCAGCCGACCAACACACUGCCGCCUCGCUUGACGCCGACGCGGAGACCUCCCUCAGCGUCAUCUUCCUGAGGCCCUGGAGCGCGCGAGAUCGCAGUCAGGCAGAUCAGCAGGCGAUCGAGAGGAACCUCCUCGAGAAAGUCGUUCACCGCCACAUGCCUCCCCCGCUGCACACCGUCCCAGAGGCUGCCGCUGCGCUGAAGAUGCCUCUCUUUGCCUUCUACGCGCUCGCCUCGAGUUUCUUCGUCAAGCUCGCAGAGCGCAGAGAGGACUGUGGACUGCAUAUCCUCGCGAGCACGCGUCCUGAGAAAGUCGAAGCCGCUGACGGCACAGCCUCGUUUGUCGCGAACUCCUCUGAGCCUCUCUUCUCGCCUGGAUACUCCUAUCCCCUCAGCAUGGGGCGUCCGCAGAAACAAACGGAUGAAGGCCGCCGAGGACUGGGGCGUUUUUUGCAUCUGCUCACGCCUGCGGCGCUGGACGCCGUGAAGGGCGUGUGUGAAGAAUACCCCUCUGUCUACCAGAAGCUCGUCGAGCUCGCGAAGGAGAGCGGCAGCAGGUUGAAGACCGUCACCGUGACGGCUGGCAGCCUGUUUGGGGCGGAGGGCGGGGACUCGCAGUUCGCCGCGUCGCUUUUUGUCUCCGCCAUGGCGAGACAUCCCUGUAGAGUCAACAAGCUUGUCAAGGGAAGUUACACGUGGCUGCCCUCAAAAGCGAUUCCGUCUCUCGAGUCGGUCGUGGCUGCUUCCUUUGGCGGAGCGCCUCCUGCCCGCGCGCGGGCCUGGCAGGCGACACGCAGCAGCGAAGGGGAAACGGCCGCGUGCGCCGAGAGCGCCUCGGGAGAGGCGCCGGAGAAUCGCGGCGCAGGAGCGCGCGGCGAGCCCGAAAGAGAGGGCGGCGUGGACGAGGAUGCCGACCCUGUCGUGCUAGAGAGUUUCGCUGCGCGCGACCUCGUUAAGGCAUCCUCCACCGACGCAAUCCGAAAGAAAAUCAUCACCCGAUUCUUCUCCCUCGUCGCGUCUACUUCCUCCUCGCGGUCCGCCGGAGCGCCAGAAGCGCGAUUUUCGCUGCGUCUCUUCCUCGGCCAGCGCGUGGCGUUCGUCGCGCACUCAGGCAGCGUGGCUCAGGGCAGUCGCGGGACGGUUACGGGGCUGUGCUCGGGGGAUGGCGGGGUGACCUUCCGCCUCUCAGGGUCUGCUUCGCUCGAGACAUGCGUGAAGCUCAAAAACGCACCGCGCGCGGCAGCUCCCCAAAAGCCGGGGGCAGGAGGCCGCCGGUUGCGGGGAGGCGACCGACGAGGCGAGAGCGGCGUGUGGGAGGACGAAGAGGUCGCCGCGGCCCUGAGCGAAGUUCUCCAGGGGAUCGUCGUCGAGGUGCUCCUAGACCAGGUGCAACUCGGAGCGCAAACAAUGGACGGAAGGUGCUCGUCGCUGCGGCUGAUUCGCGUCCCCUGUAUCCAACUCUUCCCCCUGACUGACCAGACAGGCGCGGCUGCGAGCUCGGGAUCUGCAGCGGCGGCGCGGCCGGCGACGGCGCCUGAGCGGCAAGCGCCCUCCGAGGCCUACGCGCCGCAGGCGGCGCUGGUCUGCCGCCCGGCGACAGCUCCAGAGGCCCUAACCUUCCCGCCCCAGCCAGCGAGAGAUCCGCGGUCGCGCGGGUUUGUGCAUCCCGGUGGCGGCUCCAACGGCAGCUCCUUAGGGCAGCCGACGGCCUGGGCGACAGCCGGUGAGGCGGUGCCGCCGGCCGAGCCGAUUCUGCGGCUGCUGCGAGCGUCCUCGGGGCACCAGGGCGAGAGGAGUGGCGGACAGACUGCCGCGUCGGCGCAUGGACUCCCCGGGGGCGUCGCGGGAGACACGGCCCUCGCAGAGACCACGCAGCCGGCAGGGGACCCGGGAGUGCGUCACGGCGCUACCCAGUACGUGAAGCAGCUUCUCGGCAUCCACUCAGGCGGCGCCUCUGGCGGCAGCUUCUCGCAGCCGACGGCGCGGCCUGCAGACGCUGGAGGGCCUCCACACCCAGAGGCCGGCGCAGGGGGGCCUGCGUCGAGGCAGGAAGCGAAACGAAGCAGAAAACCGCAGGCCAAGCAGCGGGUUGAGAGCGGCCGCGCGGCCAACAACAUCACCUCUGUCAUCAAGCAGCUUAUGAGCAGCAAGGGAAGCUCGGCGAACGGGACUUUGGAGCCGAGCUGCCUGCUCGCCCCCGGGGCGGCGGGGUCGCACGCCCAGCAGGCUGCGCACGGGGCCGUGCAGACACAGAAACAGAUUACAGAAGUGGAAUUCGUUAGACAGCACGUUCUCCACAACCCAGCAGCCGGUGCCCCUUGCGUGGACCCGGGGAUGCCGCUUCCGCCACCGCCGCUUGCGGCGAGCUGCGUAGGACCGGGUGUUGCUGCGCCGGCGGCGCCGGCGGUCGCCCCUGCGGCUGCAGCAGGCGCGGCCUCCGGCGGGGUGCUUUCGCCGUCUGCUGCGCAGCAGGGUCGGAACCUGCUGGACUUGCUGCGCGGCAGGGAGAAGUCGGCUGCCUACGCGGCGGCGCCCCGAGGGGCGGGCGGCGCAGGGGCACUCGUGGGGACGUCUCCGCCGCCGGGCGCGCAGAGUCUCCUCGGCGGAAGGCUCCAAGACGGCGAGGACGAAGAGGAGGUUCUGCUGCGAACCAGUGUGCUGCCGCGGCGCCCUCCGUCGCUCACGGCUGCGGGCGCCGCCGAGAGUGGGCGGGCCGCGCGGCAGCCGAACUCGGGCGCGGGCGCCGUCGGCCGCGGGGGCAGAACAGCCGCAGGGCGAGGGCGCGGCUCGCGCCGGGGGGGCCUCGGCAGUGGAAAGGGGACAGAGAAACCGUAG